GUCUACGUUGUCAGUACGUGGUGGGGGAGUCGUGCAGCGUGCAGCAUGUUGUAUCACCUGUUGCUGCAGACAGUAAAGACACUACAGUCACCAUGUGUGUCACGUGGUCAGCCUCACCUCCUGCAGUGUGAUCUUAAUGUCGGUACAGACGUGGAGAAGGCCGUCAACGACUUGUCACAGGCGGCGAAUGGAGGGUCGUUGUACGUCAUCGUUGAUGAAGCGGGUCCUGAAAUAUACAUCGACCUAAUGAGGAAGAGAAAAUCAGAGAGUUUUCAGACUUUCUGUAACAAGCUGCUGACACAAGUUCCUCGUCUCCAUCUGUGGGCGGCAAGUUGUUUCCAUGGAUACGCACCCGCCGGCUGGCAAGUGGAACAUUUAACCAGACCCCUCCGCUCUCCACCGGCCGUCGUCAGGGAAGUCGAGCAGGACGAGAUGAUCACAAGAGACCGUCUUGUCUUGCCGUAUAGAGAGCGAGGUGUACCCGACCACACAGACGGCCCGCCAGUCAGACGACUAUAUCACCGAGGUCAGGGUCACUCAGGUGACAGGCCAGUUGACUGUGUCAGGUGCGGUCGUGAGGUGGCCAGCGUCCUAGACAGUCUCCGUGUUGGUGCUCUGCCACAGAUCUUGACAACAUCCUCUCUUGAAGGCACUACAACAUCACCUAAGCUGCAGUGGAGAGACAUGCUGAUGUUGUGCUCGGGACAGGCUAGAGUGGACAUGGGUAUGAUCACAGGACUGAAAAAAGCGGGUAUCCCAGUGCGGGUGAUGAAGGAUGAGGACAUCGAGGACGUGGCCACGGCCCGCAGUGACGUGGUGUGGGUGGCGGAUGCUAAUGGUGUUCGUGGUCUGGAGAGAAAAGUCGUCGUCUGCGUUGAACUUGAUCCCACUUUUAAUAUUUUGUCCAGCCCUGCCCGACUCCUCUCCAUGUCCCACUGUACAUCACAACUUGUAAUUGUCUACGCUUGCUGACUAGCCCCCAGUAUAAUAAAUCACCACGAAGCUGAUGAAUGUUAUAAAAAGAAACAGCUGACCACACUGGCUGCUGUACUAACUGUAGCUGGAUAGAUGCCUUAAUGAAGCUUAACUUGAGCACACAAAAGUCAGGCUGAAGUCAAAAUAUCAUGUGAUUGUCAUACAGGGGGGGUUAUGUUCACUCCUUGUCUUUGUAUCUGUGGACAUUGAUGAUGCUAGAGCUUUUCCACAUAUUAAUGAUUUACUUAAUUUUUGUACCUGAUACAGGACUUGCAUUUCACACGUGUUUGUGCCAACAAAUAGCUAAUAUAGUUCAAUUUCUUUUUUUAGUCCGUUCAGUUAUUUUGAACUGCUUUUUUCUCAUGUAACCAGAUUGCAGAAUAAAUUUUGUUUGUACUUGUGUAUGUAUAGAAAGAAAGUAAGGUAGGAAACAGAGUCUAUUGAUGUUUUGUUGAUGGGGUGUUUUUUAAAAGUUUUCUAAUAUUGACGAGAAGCGAAGAGGACUUCUGAACUGGAAAAAACUCCGUCUAGAGAGAGCACCGUUCCGAUCUGUCAAGAAACAUCUCUGUCGGCCAGUUAAGUAUUCGGGCUUGUGUUUCAAACCGACAUAAAUAUUCGUCUAUGUCGUUGCAUGGGGAGUUCAGAAAUAUACUCUUCAAGUCCUAGCGAAUGGAGUCCCCCACUGUUUCUUGACAGAUCGGACCGGUGCUCUCUCUAGACGGAGUUUUUUCAGUUCAGAAGUCCUCUUCGCUUCGCUCUCUCUGGCUAUUCUCUCAGCUUCUCUCUCUCUCUUGCUAUCCUAUCAGCUUCUUUUUUAUCUUUCUAAUCUAUUUCUUCUUUUUUAGCUAAUCCUUCCACAUGUCUAUCAUGACGAUCGACACUCUGCAUUAUGUAUCUAGUCAAAGCAUCACCUUCUAACCCUAUCAUUUCGCCUUCUUUCUUACAUGAGGUCACAUCAAAUACUAGUUGUGGAUCCAUGUUGCACUGGCCAGAAGAUCGAAUCCGUCUCAGCGCGCUUUUUGGACGGAACCUGAAAUGUCCCCAUCUUCUUCAAGGAUCAGUUGCACCUCGGGUUGGUUUGUCAUAGGACCGCUUCUAGGGUCAUUUGCUGUGACUAUUAAUAUCUUGAAUUGAUCUAAUGUAUCUUUCUAAUAUUGACGACUGACCCGUUGAUAUGAACCCAAUAAUGGCGUCAAUAAAUGAUCAAAGGCUGAAGGUCUCGCCGUCUUACCUUGUCUUUUACUUUUCAACUACAACAAACACGAAACGAAGGACUAGUCACAGUGCUGUCGGCAACAAUUGAUUAUGAUUUUUCUUUCCACUGCGCUAUCACGAAUGACAACAAGUAUGGAUGGCGACCAUCUGAAACCGGGCUUAGGCCCUAGUUCUUAGACCUUCACCACUUGUGUAAAAAUAGCAUUCGGAUUUUCUCUUUACUCGAAUUUCCGGUCUUUGCUUCCUGUUCGCCAUGAGUAGCAAACUCAGCAGUUAAUGUCAGCAAAAUUUCUUGAUUUGCCGGCCUGCAAAACUUCAACUGCUUUGAUAAAAACCAUCUGUUGAUGUUCGGACAUUACUUUCUUCAGACCUGGAUGGCUGACUACCUAUUUCAGCUAUAGGAUGGUGCGCGAACCGCUCCACACUCGUUUCCUGACGUGGCCUGCAUAUCUCCUUUUCAUCGAAACAACACUGGUUAUCGUCAUCCUUCGUCUGUUGUCGUCUUUCUCCAGUGCACAUCCUCCGCGUGAUGGCAGUGUCACAUGUCAUGUGCCUUCCGUGGGUCCAAUGCAAAACACGUCACUGACAUGUCACUUUCCUGAGAAUGUCAGCGAGACGAGAAAGACUGUUGUCAUCUACUUCUACAAGCCGGAGAAUGGACAAGAACAAAAAGAUGCAGAUGACGUUUUGGAAUGCUGGUGGCUGGCGGGAAAGAAGACCUGUCUCGUGCAAAGUGGAUACAACUUCAACGGAAUGAUAUCUCACGAAUUGACACUGGAAAUUCCACAAGCUUCUGCAAAAUUUACUGGAAAAUACGCCUGCCUUAUCUCACAAAUUAAUCAUCACGACAAUAACGCUUGUGAAUUCAGGAUUAAACAAGAGGUGAGGUGUGACAUCCCGUCAGUGAUAUCAAACUCCAGUGCCACACUGACUUGUUAUUUCCCUGAUUACUUAAACAAGACAAGAGAAGACUUUGCUAUCUAUCAUCAUUCUGAUGUUAUAACAAGGUGCAAACAAAAAGCAGAAGUUUUCAACUGUCACACUGGGCGUGGCUACGUAUUUGAUGGCGAAAUAACAGACCACGUGACUGUCAGGAUCCCCAGCGCUUCAGAUGAACAUGAAGGGACGUACAGCUGUAGGAUUGCGGGAAAAAAGUAUGAAAACUGCUCCUUUGCACUUAACAAAGAACUGCCCUCACCCUUAAACACUUCCACCGCCAAUGACACAGAACACAUACCAUUGAUGUGUAGAUUGAGUGUCACAGUUAUUGGCAGUAGCCGUAGGUGGAACUUCAGCGCUGUGCAUGUUGAUGUUGAUGACAACAAAGACACUGGUGUCGUUACCCUGACCUGGAAGAAUGAUUAUUAUGACAGAAACUUAGCAUCGGGCUACGAGAUCAAAGACCUCAUCAUCACAGUUCCGCAACAUCUAGGUGUAGAAAAUGCAGUGUACCCUUGUAGUCUCAUCCUCUCGUCUGACAUGUCUAAGAUCGAGCCUACAGAACCUAGCGCCAAUAAAGGUAGGUAAAAGUCUAUGGUAGGUGUUAUUUGGUUCCUCUCUGUAUUUGCUUUUUUCACUCAUCAACAAUGCUAUUGUUUCUUCUUUUACAGUUCAUAUGUUGUUUGUUUGCUUUCCUGUCCCUCCCGCUUUAUAAUUUUUUGGGGGCAUUUUGUAUUAUUUAUUAUUAACUAAUGGUAAUCUUAUACACAGUCACAGAAUGUUCAACCAGGCAGUUGUAAAAAUACAAAAUAAUUUGAAAUUUUCUUUUAAGAAAGUGUCUGCCUUAAAACUCUUUAUCUCAGUGUGUUGUAACAACUAAUCUCAACGUUUUUCACUACAGUUAAUAUUGCUUUUUAUUAUUUUAUGUUAGAAAAAAAAUUAGAAGUU